AUGGCAGCAACUAGCAAGUACAUGCGUGCGAUUGAUAUCCGUGGCAGCUCCGGUCCUGCCACUGCUCUCUUUAUUAACAAAGAGGUAUUAAGGCCCACACCAGGUCCCGAUGAAUGCCUCGUUCGGGUGCAUGCCUUUGGUCUCAACCGGGGCGACAUCGUGCAGCGUCAAGGACUGUACCCAACACCGCCCACUGCACCCAAAACUCUUGGAUUAGAGUUCAGUGGCGUUGUUGUAAGUGUUGGUAAAGCAGCAGGAGAAUGGUGGGGUGUGGGUGCUGAGGUGUUUGGCCUUGUAUACGGGGGCGCGUACGCAGAGUACGUCGUUGCGCACAAGAACCUGUUGAUUGCAAAGCCCGCAAAAUUGAGCUGGGCCAUGGCGGGCGGCAUGUGUGAGUCCUGGUUCACAGCACUACAGGCACUACACAUGGUUGUUGGUGAAGAGCUUUCUUCGAAGCGGUCCAUUCUCUGGAAUGCUGGUGCAUCGACAAUCUCAAUAUGCGGUAUCCAGAUAUCACUUGCCAUGGGCCUCAAAGUUUUCGCAACAACAAGGCAAGACUCAAAGAAGAGCUUUUGCAUCAAGGAGUUGGGGUGCACAGGUGCGAUCAAUACGCGCGAUUUUCCGGAGCCCAAAGCGUGGGUUGAUGAGAUUAGACGGAUGAAUGACGGCGAGGGCAUCGACGUCAUAAUCGAUUUCAUCGGCGGUUCGUGCUUCACCUCACUACUCGACCUGGCUGCUCGUGAUGGUAGGAUCGUCAAUCUCGGCCUGCUGGGAGGUGCAAGGACGGAGCCCAUGGCAAUUGACAUAAGCCCGUUCGUUAUGAAAAGACUACGCUAUGAAGGAAGCACGUUGAGAAGCCGCGAUGUCGAGUAUCAAGCAAAAAUACGGGCAUUGUUUGAAUCUAUCGUCCUUCCGAAGAUAUUGGACGGAGGUUUCAACCAUCACAUUGAGGAACCGUUCAACUGGGAGGACAUUGUAGCGGCUCAUGAGCUGAUAGAAAGCAAUAAGACAAUGGGGAAGAUUGUUUGUGACAUCGACUGGUAA